UAGGUGUCAAUAUUUGCGGGUGCCGCUGAAACCAAAACCCUCCUCCCUUUCCUCCCACCGCAACAUCACAAGCAAGCAGCCAUUUCCGCCGCCAUUCACUGUUCUCUCUCUCUUUCUCCUCUUUGUAUGUAUCUGUGUGUGCGUUGUAAUUUUGCAUUUUAUCGGAAAUGUCAGUUAUUCGGAGGAAACCAAACUUUUAUUUUUCUGCAAAUUUUGCAAACUUGGAUUGACAACUAAGGAUAUAAUUAUGAUAAAAAGGCGAUUCUAUAGGUAUGAACACGGUGAUAAGGAUGCCGCAUCAGAAUCUUCCUCGUCUUCGUCAGGCUCUGAAGUGGAGGCAGAAGCUACUGAUGACACUGAUAUUGAAGAAGAAGAGGAAGAAGAAGAAGAAGAAGAAGAAGAAGAAGAAGAAGAAGAAGACGAAGUAGAAGUAGAAGAAGAAGCAAAAGAAAAUGUUGCUUCAGAUGUGAGAGAGGGUGGAGAAGCUUCUUCUUCUUCUGGUUAUGAAAGCGAGGACAGCUCAGUCAACGAAGUUAAUCUUGAUUCAUCAGGUUUACUUACUAGUGAUGAAGACACCGCAGCUCAAGUUGGCAACCAAAACAUUAUAGGAAGUCUUUCUGGUGGAGAAGGAAACAGUUUACCUACCAUAGCUCUGGAUAGUCCCAAGAAGGAUAAAACCGACUUUGAGACAGCAGAUUGUAUUUUAAAACAUAAGUCAGUUUUUAAAUGCAGGCUUUGUCCUAGGAUAGUCUGCUUAUCAGAGGAGACUUUAAAGGCUCAUCUCAUCUCCAAGAAGCACAUCCGCUCUGAGAAACUACUUCGAGAAGGGAGACUCAAGCUCAUGUUAAAUGAGAGAGGAGAAAUUGAGGGCGAGGUGUAUUCUGAGAAUGAUGCACCAACUACAGCUUCUCGACAGAAACCAGAGAAGCCAAAUAAAAAGGGCAAAGGACAUUUGAAACAGAAGAAGAGACCUAGACAGGACGCUGAAUCUAGAAAAGCAAAACGAUCAACAGAGAAGCGGGAGAAGAGGCGUAAGAAUGAGGACUGAAGACAGCUAAUUUUUCUAUAAAUGACUGCGGUUUCCUAUAUAGACACAAGUUCAAUCUCUACAAGAAUAUCCAAUAAACAAGUUUUUAACCUCUUUGUUGUGUUUUUAUAUUUCCCAAUUUUGUUUGGAUUCAGGAUAAUGGAUAAGUUGCUUGUAACUGAUCAUUUUUUAUUUUCAUUAGCUUUACAAUUAAGGGUGAAUGCAGGGCUCAA